AUGAGUUGUCAAAAGGGAAACACACAAAGAUCAAGACCACAAAAACAUCAGAACCAUACUGCAUGGAAAUCGAACAAUACUAAUCAGGUUUUGAAGGGAAGUCGAAAUUUUACAAAUAAUGUUUGCACUAAAUGUAAAGAACUCAUUGAAUGGAAAUUGAAAUAUAACAAAUACAAACCUCUGUCAAAACCAAAAAAAUGCACAAAAUGUGAAGGAAAAAAUAUUAAAGUUGCUUACCAUAUAUUAUGUGAAAAUUGCGCAAUGUCAUUGAAACUUUGCUCUAAGUGUGGGACAGUGAAAGAAAGUGAUGUUUCAGAGGAAGGUGAUGCUGGAACACAGGUUGCUGAUUCUUUAUAA